AUGCGUCUGAAUUCAUCCGAAGGUAGUCCAGAAGAGAAAGCAAAGACAGCUGAAUUUGCAAACUGGAUACUAAACAUCGGCGUUGGCACAACAGCAACAAUAGAUGAUGAAGACUGGGUUAGCAUCCUAGAAGACCUUAUUUUAAAUAAAGGAGAUGACCCAAAAGCAUCUAUAGUUAAUAACACAUGCCCUGAAUUACACAACAAGUACACUGAUAGAACAUACCUAGAGGAAAGAGCGAUCCUGUGCCCAAGGAACGAGACUGUUGACCAGAUUAACACCUACAUCAUGAGUCAAAUUCCUGGAGAAGAGGUAACCUAUCUCAGUUCAGAUACAACAUGCAAGGCAAUGUCUACGGUGGAAGACGAAGAUAUGUUGUACCCAACUGAAUUUCUAAAUAGUCUAACAUUUUCUGGAAUACCAGAUCAUGAACUGAGGCUGAAAAUAGGAUUACCAGUAAUGCUUAUGAGGAACAUCAAUCAAAGUGCAGGACUUUGCAAUGGGACAAGACUAACAAUAACACAGCUAGGAAAGCGUUUCAUCGAAGGCCAGGUCAUAACAGGUACUAACAUUGGUGACAAAGUUUACAUCCCACGAAUUAUUAUGUCACCAAGUGAUUCAAAAUGGCCUUUCAUUCUGAAAAGGAGACAAUACCCAAUAUCAGUGUGCUUUGCUAUGACAAUAAACAAAAGUCAGGGGCAAUCUCUCAAAAAGGUUGGACUCUACUUAGAAAGGCAAGUGUUCACACAUGGCCAACUCUAUGUUGCAAUGUCAAGGGUUACCAGCAGAAAUGGAUUGCGGAUACUUAUAUCAGAUGAAGAGCGUCCAUCCGACAAGAUGGAUAGGAGUUGCCGGCGCUGCUGCUGCAUGAGGAAACUCCGCUCAGCAACGCGGGCGCCGGAGGAGAUUGCAGCUUCGGCCGAGACGGCGUACCACACUGCAAAGGGGAACGGCCAGAUGGCCGGCGCUCCGGCCGGCGAUGUGAUGCGAUUCGCCGGGGAGGACUAUAGAAGGUUAAUGAUGCACGCACUGUCCAUGAGAUCCACAGGCGAAGCCGCUCUCAUGGCGCCGGUCAGAGGGGCGCGCACUAGACACGACGGCAGCGCCGACCGCGGCCGCCGAAACCCGCCGCUCAUGCUACCAAAAAUCUGUAACUAA